ACCAAUCUAGUUCAGAGCACCGGUAACCCACAGAGCGUUGGUUUUAUGAGAGAGGAAAAUCGGAAUUGGAGAUUAGAGAAAAACCGUAGAAAAAAUCAGGAACCAAGUAACAGAAAUGCUCGCAUCGAUAGACAUUCGAAUGGAAGCGAACUCUUUGAACAGCCAAACAUUGACAUUCAUGGCGAAGAGCUUCCGAAGCAGCCUACAGAGCAUGAUGAAGAACCAAAUAACAACAGUGCUGAAAUUUCUUCGUCAUCUCCUUCCUAUUACAACGGGAAUUUCAAUGAAAUUCAUUGCCUAAACCAGCCAAACAUUUACAUUCGAGGUGGAGCGAGACAGAACCAACCAAUCGAGCAUAACGAGAUGGAUCUCUUGCCUACUUGCAAUGGUCGUCGUGAAGCACAUCAAUAAUAACAAGUGCAGACUUAGUUGGUAAUGAUGGGUUCUAACUGUGUGUGCAAAAACUUGUGAACAUUCUACGAAUAGCACUAGAUAAAUCUAAGUAACGUUCUUCCCAUGCACCAUUUCGGUGUUUUUGUAGAAAUAGCUUUAUUUUUAAGUUCUAAGUACAGUGAAUAAGUUAAUGAUAAUAAUAAUUGUUAAUAAAAGUUUUUAAAAAAGGUUUACUACGGUUUACUACGAGCUCAGACAUCUCAACGGCUUGUUGUGAAGAUGGUUUUCCACUACCGUCAGUACAGUCAAGAACUUAAAAGUUACCGACUGACUGUUUUUGAUUGACGGCAGCGACAAAACAAAUUUCAGCAUUCAGCUUGCAGCUACCGAGUUCACAGAAUAUCGAAAAUCGCAGUAAUGACAAUAGUAAAUACACCUUUUGCUGUUCAUUAACAGAAAAUGUACAUUCAUUUGCGCCAAUAGUUGUAUCAAUAACGUGUAAUGCACUUUCAUCAACACCACGAGUAACAUCAUUAGCGCGGAUCAACUUUCAAUAACGAUAAUUGAAUAUGCGUGUACAUUCAUAGGCAUUAAUGGACAAUCAAUAGCGCGUUUGUACAUUCAUAUGCAUGGAAUGUAUUUUCUUGUGCACGAAAGUAAACUUCAAUAACACGAAUUGACAAACGAUUGCAUUUAUGGACAAUCAAUUAUCCAAAAUAGAAAAUUCAUUAGUGCUAUUAGCAUAACCAUUGAUAAUCUAUAACGCGUUUGGACAAUCAUGAGGGUCAAGGUUAUAUUCUAUAGCGUGGUUCGACAAACAUUUGCAUGAUUCAAAGUAAAAAAGUUAAAAUGUAACAAUCUCUCUAUAACCUCUUAAAUAUAAUUUACAAAAUUAUUACACCUUUUGCUGUUCAUUAACAGAAAAUGUACAUUCAUUUGUGCCAAUAGUUGUAUCAAUACCGUGUAAUGUACUUUCAUGUACUUAAUGUACUUAAUUGAUUGUUACUUUUUUUAUCAUUACGAGUUUCCAUAUGAUAUCGUGCGUCCGCAUGCGAAUAAAAAAAUACUUGCUAUAUGAUAAAAAUGAAUAAAAGAGCUUUUUCCGUACUCCGUUCUUCAGUAAUAAAGCAUGCAGGAAGAGGCGUAAGCACGAAAGAAGYGUAAGGAGAAGGACGUGUAUUCUCACACUUUUUGAUUGUUUAGGGUGCUUCCUAGGUGCUUUAUUACUGAAUCAUUUAACGGCUUUAAAACUCUGAUAUCAAACCUACUAACUGUGCACUAAAAAGCUAUAUUGUUAUAAUAUGUCGUUCAAGACUUGCACACACGCUCACUGUAUUAUUAAUGUUGUUUCAGAGACGUUAAAAAUAACUUAAAAAUCUAAUUGACGGAACAUUAAUCAUAAAUUGUUUCAAUAGCUAGUCCCCUUCACAGUUCUCUGUGACAUCUUGUAGGGUAGUCGUGCCUUUGCAUCGAAGCGAUUCGCAAUGAUAGAGACCUUUUUUAAAACUUUGGGCAAUUAUUCACAUGUCUCUAUGAUGGAGCAGGGAAUUGUGAUGGGGACUAUUGUUUGCUGUACUGUAUAAUGAAAUAAAAUUGCCUCGUAACCCUUG